UGAUCAGUUAGGUACUUACAGUUUGAGAUUAGUUACUUUACCUACUUAGUACUUGCAUUUUGCAAUUUCACUCAGUAACAGUACUCAGUAGGUACCUAACCGGUUUCACUGCACACAGCAUUGUCGGAGAAUAUUAAUUAAGUGAAUUAAUGUAAAAACAAGGAUGACUGAAACGGUGUAUUACAAAAUUGACGAAAUAAAACAAAACGAUGGUAAAAACAAAAUGGAAACCUGGAUCAUUUUCAAAGAUUGCGUGUACGACGUGACAGAAUUCUUGGCAAAAGAUGAGCAUCCUGGAGGAGUGGAACUUAUACAGGAGUUCGCUGGAAAGUGUGCAACAAAAGCAUUCCUUAAUGUCGGACAUUCACGCGAUGCAACAAGAUUGUUAGCGACAUUUAAAAUUGGAGAGGUGGCGCAGGAAGACAGGACUACAGAUGCCACCAAACUGAAAACAAAUAAUGGAGUUAACAGAAUAGAAAGGAGUUUCAUAUCCAGACUAACUUGUGGAAUUUUAAGUUAAUUAUGCGAAACGACAUCUUCCAUUCUUUCGCUAGGUUAUUAGUCUAGAAUUUGCCCACUUUGUACGCGAAGGUAAAUGUUAAAGAUAUCGCGUAGGUAUAAAAGCAAUUCUUUUAUUAUUAACGUACGGAUACAAAUCCGUAUUUGAACGACCUACAAAAGCAAUCGGGACAUACCUACCUGCCUAAAUACAUUAAAUGGAAUUAUUUAACGGUGUAUACUGAAUUGUGCUGGCCAUAGCCGACCUAACUAAACACUUAAGCUACGUCAAUAUAAGGGACACCACUAUUAUUGGAACAGUAGGUCUCUUCAUUUGAAAUGCUCGAGACUGUUGUAUUUAUUUUUAGGAUAGCAAAUUCAAUAAAUAUAUUUUUUAUAAGUUAA